AUGAAGACAAGCAGCCUCCUACUGUUCACAACAACCGUCUUCCUUUGCCUUAGCGAGGUGCAGCCUAGGAAAGGAGUUACAUCGAAACAGGGGUACUGCCCGGAGUUUCUUCUUGACUGCCCGUUUGUCCUGUUACCCGUAUGCAAACGUGAUAAAGGGUGCAAGGGCUCCAAAAAGUGCUGUUUCUACUACUGUCAGAUGCGGUGUGUGGACCCCUGGACAACCUUGACUUGA